CCGGUGGUUGAGGACCACUAAAUACAAGCUGAGAAGUCCCGGCAGGCACACUUCAGCUGCCUGGUGGUCGACGGAUGCAGCGUCACUCCUUCAACAUGAACUGUACUCUCCAGGGGACAUGUGUGAAAGCUUUUGGAAAAGCAAUUCAAGCACUUUCAAAGAUUGGAGAUGAGUUGUGGAUAGACCCAAUGGUUAAAGGGCUGGCACUGAGAUCAGUGAAUGCAGCUCAGUCUGCAUAUGCUUGCUUCUUCUUUUCAACCAUCUUCUUCCAGAAGUACAGCCUGGUGUCAGUGGAGGCCAGUGAACCUAUUAAAUGCAAACUGUAUAUGAAGUCUUUGCUGCCACUUUUCCGUUGUUUGACUUCCAUUGAGCGCAACGUGGAGCGAUGCCAGAUAUCAGUCAACGCUUCCAAUGACAGAAUAAUGAUCCAGUUUUCCUGUAGACAUGGCAUCACAAAAACCCACAACCUGUGUUACCAAGAGAGUGAAGCUCUCCAGGCCGUGUUUGCUUCACAUCUUUGUCCCAAUGUGCUGAAGGCACCAGCCAGGCUUCUUGCAAACAUGGUGAUGCAUUUCCCAGCAUCUCAAGAGGAAGUCACACUGUCUAUAGCCCCCCUUAGAGUCAGUCUGAUGAACUACCAUCAAGAAGCAAAUGAUCACGGGAAGAUGAUUUGCACCGAGGUGUCCUUACACCCCGACGAGUUCGACUUUUUUCAGUCUGCAGGAGACUCUGCUAUAACCUUCUGUCUGAAGGAGCUGAGGGGUUUGCUGCACUUUGCCGAGUCACUUUGCUUACCAGUUUCAAUCCACUUUGGUACUGCAGGAAAGCCUGUGUGCUUCUCUGUGGAAGACCUGGUCAUGGAGGCCACAGUGGUGCUGGCCACCCUGAUUGACUCUGACAGCAGAAGCUCAUCCCAACCAACAAAGAGCCCUGACCCAACUUCACCUAGAUGUGAGGAUGCUGCUGUGGUCGGUGCCAGGGAUGGAGGCCUCAGCCAUGCUGCUGUGGUCGGUGCCAGGGAUGGAGACCUCAGCCAUGCUGCUGUGGUCGGUGCCAGGGAUGGAGGCCUCAGCCAUGCUGCUGUGGUCGAUGCCAGAGAUGGAGGCCUCAGCCAUGAUGCUGGGGUCCAUGUGGUUGCAUCCAGCCAGGGCAGCCCUCUGGGCCCCUCAGCCACUUUGACACAGCUUCUGUCACACCAUCACAGCCUUCUUAGACCUGGUGCACCCAACCACACCAGUCCUGCUUCCUCUACGAUCUGCUCCCUUCUGUUCCGGGCUUUGUCUGCGACACAAAGUGAGAGUCCUGCUGCCACACCGCCUGUUCUGGCCUGUCACAGUGACCCGGAGGAGGAGGAGGACCCCGCAAGACCCUCAGUCUCAGGCUAGGUCUUGUAUGACACAACACUGAAAAUUGCACCCGAAACUAUUUAAGUGUAUUCAUAUUUCAUUUCAAUUCCAAAAUAUUUAUGCAAGUUCAAAAGUUUUAAAGGCAAAUAAAUGUUUGUUGU